CUAACGUUCUCCUUAAUAACUUGUUCAAUGAGUAGAGAGCAUUAGCUUUGAAUGAUUCAUUUCAUUGAUCUUGCCAUGUCCACGAGGAGAGCCUUGAAAACUUUGUCCCUUUGUGUCAGCUAUUUGACCAUGGGCUGUUUGGACGCUGUGCGAGGACCAACCCUCUUAGAUUUAAAGGACAAGCUCAAUGUUAAUUUGGAAGAAAUAACAUGGAUACUCCCAGCAUUCUCGAUUGGUUCCAUUCUGGGAGGAUUAAUAGCGGGGAUUGUCUUGGAAAAAUUCGAAUCCAAAAGUUUCCUCAUCAUCAGUGGAAACCAGUUUGUCAUGGCGAUAACGGCUGGAGCCUUAACCUUGUGCACAAGUUUGUGGUCAAUGUGUAUUGUUUCAGGAAUGCAAGGUGCAACUUUGGGCGCUUUGGAUGCAGUUGGAACUGUGCUCUGCUUGAAUAUUUGGAGUGGCUCUCAAUAUAAGAGUGAUCCAUUCGUUCACAGCCUUCACUUCAGUUUUGCUCUGGGUGCGUUACUUUCGCCUCUCAUUGCCGCCCAAUUUUUAUCGGAAAGAUUCGCCGAUUCAGCUCUGCAACCUUACAACGGUAAGGUGCACAUACCUUAUUUGAUCAUGUCUGGGCUUUGCCUCAUAUCAGCCCUGAUCAACGUGCCGUUCCAUUUUGACACCCAAAAUUCGCAUCCAGAAAAGGAAACGACCAAUGGAAAGAAUGAACCAACCUCCUCACCCACCUUCGGUUAUGGAAAUUGGCGCUCGUUCUCAAUGCUGACGAGUCUCUGUCUUUUCUUCUUUGUGUAUGUAGGCCUUGAAGUUGGUUAUGGAUCCUUCGUGUCUACCUUUGGCGUGUUAUCACUCAGUCUUAGUCUCUCUCGCUCUCAGUCGGCUCUAGUUUCAACCUUUUUUUGGAGCGGAAUCGCAUUAAUGAGAUUGUUGGCCUGUUUUAUAACGCUCAGGAUUCCUCCAAUGGGUCUCAUGGGGAUGAAUUUGAUCCUGACUGUGACUGCGAGUGGUAUGCUGGUGAUCUGGGGACAAACUAGUGCUCAAUGGUUGGCAUGCAUAUCAGCCAUUCUUGGUUUGGGUUUGGCUACUGUGUUUGCCACAACGUUCACUUGGUUGGGAAAAAUGAUGGUGAUCACAAACCGAAUGGGAGCGAUGUUUUCCAUCGCUGGAUCCAUUGGCGCUGACAUUUUCCCUCUAAUAUUUGGACAAAUAAUUGGACUGGAUCCAAGUUACUUUCAAUUCCUCAUAUUUGGAUCUGUCAUGGCAUGUCUCCUAUUAUUCGCUCUAGCGUAUCAAUUGGCACGUAAAAGCAUCAAAGAGUAA